AUGUCCCAAGUUUACUUUGACAUUUCCGCCAACGGCAACAAGCUCGGUAGAGUCACCUUCAAGUUGUACAACGACAUUGUCCCAAAGACCGCCGAAAACUUCAGAGCCUUGUGCACUGGCGAAAAGGGUUUUGGCUACGCCAACUCUGCUUUCCACAGAGUCAUCCCUCAAUUCAUGUUGCAAGGUGGUGACUUCACCAGAGGUAACGGAACUGGUGGCAGAUCUAUCUACGGUGAGAAGUUUGCUGACGAGAACUUUGCCAAGAAGCACGAGAAGCCAGGUUUGUUGUCCAUGGCCAACGCCGGUCCAAACACCAACGGCUCUCAAUUCUUCAUCACCACUGUGCCAUGCCCAUGGUUGGACGGUAAGCACGUUGUCUUUGGUGAGGUUGUUGACGGCUACGAUGUUGUCAAGCAGGUUGAAUCUUACGGUUCCAACUCUGGUGCCACCAGAGCUAGAAUCACCAUCGACGCUUGCGGUGAGUUGUAA